AUGCUCGCCUCAAGCUUCACCGUCGCCGCCAUCGCGCUCUUUGCACCCCUCGCUCUCGCUCAAUCAACGGCGUCGUCGACUUCUUCCUCGGCGGCAACAACUUCAAUGUCCAUGUCCAUGUCAUCCAUGUCGUCCAUGUCCAUGUCUAUGGUCCCUAUGCCCACGCCGUCGAGGGCGGAUGUUACGAUGGCAUGGAACGAUGGGCCAGCUAGCACAUCUGGAGCGUCCAUGUCCGGGUCUAUGGGAUCGGGUAUGAUGACCAUGUCGGAUGGUUCGGUUAUGCCCAUGUCGACGGGCAGUGCGAUGGGCCUGAUGAACAUGGGAAAUAUGACUGGUAGUGCGGGACGUUUGGAUAUGGGUACUGGAGUUGCGUUUUUGGGAGCCAUGUUGGCGGCUUUUAUUUAG